AUACUGACUGGAAAUAAAGUGUUGGUAGAAGACAAACAAGUUAAAAUUGUCCGUGCAAGGCUACCAUACAGUUAGGCUACGUCAGGUGUAAACAGCUAGCUACUUGAGCAUCUAACCAAACUGCGAACACAGCAGACACAUACUAACAUGGCUUUUACAUUAUAUUCGCUUAUCCAGGCAGCGAUUUUGUGUGUUAAUGCGGUCUCCGUAUUACACGAAGAAAGAUUUUUAAGUAAAAUUGGUUGGGGUGUGGACCAAAGUGUAGGAGGAUUUGGAGAUGAACCAGGAAUCAAAGUGCAGCUCAUGAACCUUAUCCGCUCUGUCAGGACUGUGAUGAGAGUACCCUUGAUAGCAGUGAAUUCUGUCUGCAUUGUUUUAUUACUACUAUUUGGUUGAAGAGAGAUGACCGAAGUUGGACCCAAGAAAAAUGUUUGCUGAUGGAUGUCUUCUCAACUGUACCACAAGAAACCCACUGCCUCUGUUUCUUUCUCUGUCUCUCCCAUACACAGUGAAAAGUUGAUUUCAAAUGAAUGUUAAUGAUGGACCAUAAACCAGUCAGAAUAAAUAGUCUGAGUAAUGUAGCCUACUGUAAUAAAGUAAUCCAACGGUUCCAGUUUUAUAUUUGCAUUUGGUUUCCUGUGUGGAAACCUAGAGGUGGACACUAUCCGAAUCAUAUGAAACUUGAAGGUUUAUUGAAAUAAAACAUAUAUCUGUCUGUGUGGCGGAUACUGACUGGGCUGCUACAUCAACGUUAUGUUUACGUGUGUCUCAUAGUGAUGACAAUUAAAUUAUGUUUGGCACAGAAACAUUUAAAAUGCAAUAAAACGUUUUAGAAACGACUUGCGUCUUCUCGUACGAAAUGCUCGUCCGAUGUUUGUCCAUGUACUCUCUCCGUAGAGCAAGGUAUAUUUUGAUAAUGGCCGUGUAGAAGUUCAACAAGUUCAUAAAGUAUCGCUAUUAUUAAUAACGCUAUGAGAUUAUCUGCCCUAUAGUUAAAAAUAAAAUCAAUACAUUAGCUACAAAGAGCAACGCGUCGCAUGAACAUGACCUAUUUGUGUCAGAAUUAGCUCAUAAGAAUGGGGCUUCACAGCUACUUUGUUUUGGUACCACUUUCUAUAUCGUGUUAUAUGUUUUAUGUACACAUUUAUCGCGUUCACCAACUACUGAAAUCCAAUGUGGUCUUCGACUGUCAGAGACUCCCGAAUUUAGCGUAUUUGUUCCUCAAGUAUUUUGUUGAAGCUCUUCGGAAAAAAAUGGGUCGCUUACAUGCCCGUGAUGUCAAAGGUGAAGCCAUCACAAUUAUAAACUGCAGACUAGACACCAAGGUCUUGAGGAGAUUCUGCAGUGCAGCGGGAUACGGUUGGGACUACCCAGACAGUGAAUACCGAGACAUCCCAAUAUGCUUCCCAGAGAUCCUCUGUCUGAAGCUGGUGGUCAUGGUCAUAUCUGCAGAAUGGUUCAGGUUGAGUCCAAUGGGUCUGUUCCGGGUGUCCCAGAGCAUAAAGACAUUUCAGCCCAUAGAUGAGUUGAAGAAGGGCCCUUUUGUACUGCAGGCUCAUGUCAUCGAAUACCGGCUGGUCGAUGCAGGGGUGGAGGUGGACAUCACCCUCCGUGUCAUUUCACGUAGCAGCCAGCCUGUAUGGGAGAGUGUUCUGACACUGCUCUCACACAACCAGGGAAAAGACAAAAACAAACAUCCCUCAUUAGAAUUUCAAGCUGAUUGCUUGGAUUCCGACGAUCCAAAAAGGGGGGACAUUUGUGUCCCGUGGACAACGGGACUAAAGUGCAUCUGGACCUUUUCAGACUACUCCCCACAUAGUUUACUAACUAUCCCAGCCCGACUCAUGGGCUACAAACGCCCCACAACUCCCAGUCUGUGGAUGCUGUCAAAAUGUUUGGCGGAAAUAGAAAAGCACAACGGUACUCUUCCUCACGAUGGAAAUGAGCUGAAGCGUUAAGAGCCCCCAUCUCUGUUAAUGUCCAGUUCAAAAAUGCUUUGGUAGCCCUUGGAAAGGUGGUCGUUACGUUUUGGGA